UAAUUUGCAAGGGUGUGGUCCGUAAGUUAUGUUCUGGUUCAUUUGCUCUAAUACAAUCACGCCUUAAUACAGGUCGGUUGAGGUGUCGUUGUUUGAUGCCUUGUACGUGUGGCAUUGUAAAACUUUACAUGUUGUCUUAAAGGGACACUAACCGUCGUUUUUGACUUUUUAAUAGCUAUGCCAUUAGAUUAAGAGCUACCUGUUCACAUUAUUGCUUAAUACUAUAGUUUUUUGCAAUUUAAUUAUUGCUUUAUACUAAAGUUAAUUAACAAUUCAUUAAACAUAUUAGCAUUUUCACACAGUGACACUUUAUUCAUGUUAUAGGUUUUUUUUUUCUUUCUUUCCUUUGUGCAUUAUAAAGUGAAACUGCGGACAUGACAGCAGUUGUAGGGAGAGUUUGGGGGUGGGUCAGUCCAGCAAAUCUAUACUCGUUCUGGGGCAGUAAGACCAAACCAGAGAAACCAUUAACAAUGGACAGUCAGAUUGAAAGCAGAUGGGGUUUAUGGGGACUUACUGCUUGGGUUUGGAGGGGCGAGAAUACCAAAAAGGACCAAAAGACACUCACUGAGGAAUUCUGGGAGACCGAAGAGAGUUUUAAGCCUUUGGAAGUAGAAGAGCUUCGAGCGUUGGGGCCUGCUGUUGAGCCUGAGAAAGCAGCGGCCCAAAGCUCCUCACGCUGGUGGAGGAGAAUGCUUCCAUCCAGAUACUUCUUUUGGCCCCGGUGGUCGACGUCCACCGUGCUCCGUCAGCAGAAAUGUGCCGGGUGGAAUGAAGGUACAUGGGACUGUGAUGAAGUCGACGGGGAAUCAGACUACGGGACACCCCCGCCAUCCCCCACGCUGCUGUCUCAGCAGCCAUCAGCAGCAUUCCGCUUCUUCUCUCGCUCGUGGACUGGGGAAAUUGUGCCUGACCACUACAACAUUUGCUUUAAUUUCCUCCGACACCUCUUUGAUUUGUUCGUGGUGGGCUUCCUGAGUACUGUAUCCCCUCCAACCAAGAUCAUUUUGGACGUGCUGGGGGUGCAGGGGGCCCUGAAGCUGUGGCUCCAUGGGAUGGCCAUGUUUCUGGUGGCAUCUGUCGGGAUGGCCGGACUGCUGUGGGCAGUACAGGAGUACCUGCUGAUGUUUGCUUUGAUCUAUGGCAUCGUGCAAGCCCUGGUCAUCUCUGUCAGUGUACGGCAGAAUGAGGCUUUGGCAGAGGGGGAUGAUGGGAAAGGUGACGAUGAGGUCAAAGAGGGUGAGGAGGAACAGGUCGACAUAUGGGAGCAGAAUAAGCCACAGCAGACCACUGACGAAAGCAAAAAUGGAGUUAAACAGAUGAGUUGAAGACCUAGGAAAAGCCAGGUAAAACUGGGUUGCUGAAAUACUGAUAGUCCAGUACCAUGAUCUCUCAAUGAAGAUUUAGCCACUUCAACAUCGACCACCCACAACUUCCACCAACUUGAGCGAUUGAAGAACACCCUAAAUAUACCAGCACAUCUUUCUCUCCACCAAUAGUUUUUUUCCUCACUUUAAAAUGUACUUUUAGUUUUCCCCAAAACAAUUUUGACAUGGCACACCAGCAGUAGAAGUGAAUGAGUAAAACACUAGAAUCUACAGCCACAGCGAUAAACAACAAACAACAUCUGCCACAAGACAGCCUGCACAGGAAGUCAUCUACAAACCCGAAGAACCAGCAAUGAUUGAUUGUCAGGGAAUUUCACUGAGACUUUAGGUGGAAUAUUGCAUGAUUCUGAAGGCUCAUCCAGUGAAUCGACUAGUUGUUUGUACCGAAACAUUGGUUUUAUAUGGUGAUCGACACCUUUACAACUCCACGCUGUAUGUAAUGCAAAUCUGCAUGUGUCACUUUAUUCGUAGCUCGAUGUUGCCUCUAACGGAGUCUCUGGACUGUUCAUUUCUGUAAUGUGUUCUUCCGUGUAAUGGAUUGAGUUCAUUAUAUCUCUCAUCUUUUAUUCAGCCCAUUAGUCCACUCACAGACAAUCUUGGUGAACUUUUUGAGUGCAAUUGCAAAGGACGCAAUUGGACGCAAAAUUUUGAAAGAAUAGCUUAAAAUACCUUUUACAUACAGCAAACCUGUGCACUACAUUUUUCUCUUCUUGUGUCAUUUUCAUUCAUUCAACCUGUUGGUAAAAUCUAAGACUUCCUUACGUCAUUAGAACCACUGUGUUUGACAUAUAUUUAUGUAUGCUUCAUUACAGCAUUAACUGCAUGUUUUGAUUGAUUUCAAAUGUAUUGUCGUUCUUAUUUGCUUCAUUUAUGUUUCAGUUGAUUAUCAUAUCUUUUGUGCCUCAUGAUAUCUGGUACUUUGGCCAGUUCACAGGGAAUUAUGGGUAAUGAUAGAAGUAAUUUUGCACAACUGCAUACUGAAAGCUUAAUAUAUAAUGCUUUGUUGCACAAACGUGUCUCUCGCUUGUAACAAUAGCUUUCUCCUCCUGAAUGUGUUCCAAAAAUAGCAUUUUAUCUAUGCAUGACACUAUAGAACAAUGAAAAACUUGUGAAAUGCUUUUCUUAUGUUGACUUUUUUUUUUUCUUCUUUAUGGUACUGGCUCAUCAAUUUCUUGGUUGUUCAUGUCAAUUAUUUAAGCAUUAAAAUGUUGCGCUAGAUUUGUUGGUUCACUGCAACCUUGAGCAAUGGAAGAAUCCUUCCACGUAACCUUUGAAGGUUCUUUAAAAUGUGUGUGGUUUUUUUUAUGUUUGUAAGUUCCGAGUCCAUUGAAGUGCGGGCCACUGCUGAAACCAGACGGCUGUGAAUAGAAAUGUCUGCUGUAGAGUGAAAUGGAUUACAGCUCAAGGAUAGAUGUAUCUAGGUUGUGUUGUGGGAUAGAGAGAUCUACAUUUACAGCUCUUAAGUGCUGCACACUGAGUCUUUAAUAGUCCUUACAGCUCAAAUAAACUUCCUUUUCCCACAUUUCA